CCACUGUAAUUGGUGCUGCACACAAUUGGACUCACAAGCUACAACUGUUGAAAGAUCUUCCGAUCCAGUGGAUUAGACUAUAUACCGAGAGCAUGGCAGUCACUGUAGUCCCUAGUGUAAUGGUUAAUCUUGAAGCUCUAAAUCAUGACAACUAUGAGCACUGGAGCUUUCGGGUGAAAACAUACUUGAUGGCUGAAGGUCUGUGGGACGUUGUCCAAGGCACAGAUAACGGGGAAGCCGAAUUGAAAAAUAACGCCAAAGACGAAGAAGCUGAAUCCAAGGCUUGGCAGAAAAAUAAUGCCAAAGCCUUGCAUGCUAUCCACAUAUCUUGCGGGAAGGAUGCCGAGUCCUCUAUUAGGGGCAUCGAGAAGGCGAGAGAUGCUUGGAAUGAAUUGGCUAGAGAGUUCAAGCCUCAUCAAAUUUCAGAAAUUUCAGGGGAGAGUUCUGAAGUUGACCCGAAUGACGGCAACGACUCAAUUGAUGGUGAUUCUGUUGCUGACGUGAUUGAAGUAAGGGAUGGGGAUCAGACCUAUGCACCUUUCUUCGAAAAGGUGAAGGCCCGGCGGUGGGAGGGUGUAAAGGAGUUUAUAGGACAACAUCCAGAGGCAGCAAGAGCAAGGUUGCCAGCGGGGCGGACAGCUCUUAGCGACGCAGUCUCGAUGGAGGACGUGGAAGGUGUAAAAGUGUUGCUGCCGUUUAUGAAAGAAACAGAUUUAGAAAUACUAGGCGAUGCUCUUUCUACGGCUAUAAAGAAAGAGAGUGACUCAGAUGUGAUGAUUGAAAUUACUAGGUGCAUAGUUGAGAAGAACGAGAAACUACUCCUUCGCCAUGACCCCAUUCGUGGAGUUCCACUUUGGUUGGCUCUGCAUGGCAACAAACCAAAAAUGGUUCACUAUCUUAAGUCGGUUACUCCACUUGAAAAGUUAAAGAGGAGGGACGGCGCUGAGCUUAUUUCUACGGGUUUGAGAGUAAAUCGUUUCGAUAUUUCGUUGGAAUUACUACAGCAAAAUCCAAAAUUGGGCAUUGCUAGAGGCAGCUCCGGUGAAUCCCCUUUAUAUCAAUUGGCUAAUACACGUGCUAGAUUAUUCCGGGAUGAUAGCCAGCUCAGAAUAUGGGAACGAUGGAUUUAUAAAUGUAUAUCCAUACCACCUACACCUACACAUACCGGUGAGGUUUCUAUAGAUGUUCAUAAAGAAGAGAAAGAUCAAGGCAAUCAGAAGCAUCUCAUUCGCAAAGUUGCCUGUUUCUUUCGGGGACUAGUUGCCAAGCUCUGUGACCUUUCUGGAAUCAAUCGUAUGUAUGAAAUGAAAUUGCUCCAUCACCAAGCCUUCGAAAUUCUAGAUCGCAUGUGUGAACCGUUAAGACAGGACAAAGAUAAAGACAACGAAAGCUUAGGCAACGAAAUUCGAAAUUUUAGGCAACGAAAGCUUGUCGAAAAAGCACUCUUGAAAGCAGUAGAACGAGGACAUGCUCCAAUCAUCAGUCACCUAUUGAAAUCUGAUCGAUCGUUCUGUCUGAUCACUAAUGAACAUAAAAAGACCAUAUUUCAACUUGCUGCUGAGCAUCGUCAAGAGAAUAUUUUUAACCUGUUAUAUGAGUAUGGGGAAUGGGAAAUAAAAGACAUUGUAGGCAUGGAAGAUAAGUUUGGGGACAACAUGCUGCAUGCGGUAGGAAAGUUCUCCCUAUUAACACAGAUUGAUCAUAUUCGAGGUCCAGCUUUGCAAAUGCAGAAAGAACUACAAUGGUUCAAGAAGGUGGAGAGAAUGGCAAGACCGAGGGAUCUUGAUUGUAUGAAUUCUGAUGGUCGGACACCACGUGAGGUAUUUACUAUAUGCCACAGAGAUUUGGUGGAGGCAGGAGAAAAGUCAAUGAAAGAAACUGCAACUUCUUCUUCGACACUUGUAGCUGCUCUUAUCAUUACCAUUAUGUUUGCUGCAGCAGUGACAGUUCCUGGUGGAAUUAAGGGCGACACAGGUAUUCCCAUAUACUUACACACCAAGGCAUUUAGGACUUUUAUGGUUGCAGAUGUUAUAUCUCUCUGCUUUUCCACAACUUCAGUAAUGGUAUUUUUGGGAAUCCUCACAUCACGUUUUGCAGAAAAAGAUUUUCUCAUAUGGUUACCCACAAAAUUGAUAAUUGGCUUUCUUACCCUUUUUCUAUCUAUCUGGGCCAUGAUGAUUGCCUUUUCUUCUGCCAUUUUCAUUAUGCUCCCUGAAAAACCAUCUAUUGUUAUUCUAUCUUCCAUACUCGCUACUUUUCCAAUUGCCUCAUUCCUGCUGAUGCAAUUUCCGUUCCUUUAUGAGAUCAUUAUUUCUACCUUUAGAUCUAGUGUAUCUAAAAGGAAUGUACCAAAGUUUGAGCUUUAAUAUUCUAAUGUCGUAUACUAGCUGAUGUUUAUCUUUGGUUUGCUACUUUGUAAUAAGAAGCUUUUGUAAAAAUGAGACAUUUUACUUGCUUAGAUCUUGUAAUAAAUAUUCCAACUUCCAA